AUGCUGGAGGACGACCUUGGACGCACAUAUAAGCCGUCGUCGCCUUGUGCUUCGAUGGGGGGUCUGGAGAAAGCCAUCGCCUCCUCGGUCUCUUUCGCCCUGAGACUCCUCCCCUCUCUAAGACCUUCUCCUCGACGAACUUCUGGCAAACGGACCGUGCCUUGGCCGCGGCCUGAGCGUCAACCGCCAAAUAUGCUGGUCAAAGCGUGCCUUGUCCAGCUCCUCUGCCUUGGUGUCUGGACCGCAUCUGCCUUCCCCCUGUUCCAGAACGAAGCUCCCUCAGUCGAUCUCGGCUAUGGAAUUUACCGCGGCGUCGCCAACGAAGCCGCCGGCGUCAACGUCUUCAAGGGCAUCCGCUACGCAGCUGCGCCCAUCGGAAAGCUUCGCUGGCAGCUGCCUCAGUCUCCAGCCAAGAAGCGCGAUUCGGUCAUCGAUGCCAAGUCUUUUGGCCCAAAGUGUCCGCAGUCCUGGCCGACGGGCCUGCUGCCGAUGGUCGCACCGCUUCUGCCGGCCAUCAGCGGCGACGAGGACUGCCUCUUUCUCAACGUCUGGGCGCCGCGCGAUGCCCACAACCUCCCGGUCAUGGUCUGGAUCCACGGCGGGGGCUACGGCCAGGGCGACGGCCAGCAGGACAUGAUGUCAAUCCUCGCCGCCAACAACAACUCCUUCAUCGUCGUUUCGAUCCAGUACCGCCUGGGCGCGUUUGGGUUCCUGGCUUCUGACGACGUCCAUCGGCACGGCGUGCUCAACGCCGGCCUGCACGACCAGCAGGCGGCGUUGCGUUGGGUGCAGGAGCACAUCGGCCGCUUUGGCGGCGACAGGCGUCGCGUCACCGUCUACGGCCAGAGCGCUGGUGGCGGCAGCGUCAUGCUCCAGGCCAUGGCCUACGGGGGCACCCAGGGCACGGAGCUCUUCAGCAACCUCAUCGCCUCUUCCCCGUACCUGCCGCUGCAGUGGGGCUAUAGCGAUGCCGUUCCGACCAGGAUGUACCACGCCUUUGUCGAGAGCGUGGGCUGCAACGGAACCGGCCUGACUGGGUACUCUGCCAGCAGCGCCGAACGUAGCAGCGCGGUGUUUGACUGCCUCGUCAAGGCCGACACGGCCAAGCUUCAAAGGUCGAGCCACCUGGUCUCGAGCACGCAGAGCACCUAUCUGGGCUUCGCAUUCGUCCCCGUCACCGACGGCCACCUGGUCGAAACGGUGCCGAGCCGCCAGCUGGGCGCCAAGAGGGUCAAUGGGCGCAACAUCCUGGUCGGCAACGAUGCCGAAGAUGGCGCCAUUUUCGUCCCUCGCAACAUCACCGUCGAGGCCGACGUCGUAUCCUGGCUCAAGAACGUCUACCCCACGCUGAGCCAGGACAACAUCACCGCCUUGCUAGACCGCUAUCCCUCCUCGGACUCGGCAAGGACGCAGUACGCGACGCCGGGUGUGGGUCGCGCGCUGACGGCCAAUGAUGUCGCUUCGACCGCCGUGUCGCAGCUCGCGCGCGCCAGCAACAUCUACGCCGAGGCUACGUUUGCCUGCCCCUCGUACUGGCUUGCUGAUGCCUUCCAGGGGCCGAGGAAGGCGUACCACUACCAGUACAGCGUCGUCGCCGCGCUGCAUGGCGUCGAGGUGGACACCGUGUACGGCUCUCCGCUGCCAUCGGUCUCGCCGGGCAUCGCCAAGGCCGUUCAGCGUGAGUGA